UCUUUAUUGAGUGUAUUAUUUACUUCUCUUUUACUCAUUCGUGCAUUAAUCUUCUUCUGGUCACUUUCUCUUUUACUCAUUCAAUGAACUAAACUUCUUCGAGUUUCAUUAGAUCAACUCUUUCUCUCACUUGUAUACACAAUUAACCAUAAUGGAUUCAAUACCCCUUCAGUUCUACUCUCCCACUCCCUCUGAAACUCUAGAUUUUGGAAGAAUAAUUCAACAAUCACCUUCAUUUGUCCUUGAGCCAAGUACCCCAGAAGAGAUCUCUCUUUUGCUAAAAUCUAUAUCUUUAUCUCCUAGCUACAACAAUAUAACAGUAGCCGCAAGAGGUGCAGGCCAUUCUAUCCAUGGCCAAGCCCAAGCACCAGAUGGUAUUGUUAUAGACAUUACUAGUCUACCCACGUUCGUGAAAAUUAGUAAAUGUGAAGAGGCAGGUAGUGAAAGUAAGUAUCAUAAUUUCUUCAUAGAUGUUAGUGGAGGAGCACUUUGGGUUGAUGUUUUGAAGGAGACACUGAAACAUGGUCUAACACCAAGAUCAUGGACUGAUUAUUUAUUCCUUACCGUCGGUGGAACACUAUCAGUUGGUGGCAUUAGUGGCCAAACAUUCAAAUAUGGGCCUCAGAUUUGUAAUGUCCUUGAAAUGGAUGUAAUAACAGGAAAAGGAGAUUUUGUGACUUGUUCAAAAGAGAGAAAUCCUGAACUUUUCUAUGGAGUUUUAGGGGGACUAGGGCAGUUUGGUAUUAUCAUAAGAGCCAGGAUCAUAUUAGAGAUUGCACCUAAGAUGGUAAAACAUGUAAGAUUGUUCUACAGUGAUUUCAAUCUGUUUACCAGAGAUCAGGAAAACCUAAUAUCAAUGAAGGAGGUAGAUUAUGUGGAAGGUUUUAUUAAACUAAGCCAUUGUGAACCAUUGGAUCAUUUACAAAGUAAGCCUGAAACCAGAAAUGCUGGAAGUGCUCCUGUGGAUUAUAUUAUUGAAGUGGCAUUGUACUAUAAUGAGGAAGCAGUUGUUCAAGAGGUUAUGGAGCAAGUAUUGUCACAAUUAAGCGUAAUUCCAUGGACUAGAGCACAAAUUGAUGAUAUCUCCUACUUCAAUUUUCUGAAUCGCGUCAAGCAAGAGGAGAAAAAACUUCGAAAUAGAGGACUUUGGGAAGUGCCUCAUCCAUGGCUUAAUGUUUUUAUACCAAAAUCCCACAUAAAACCAUUCAAAAACCUUCUGCUUAAAACCAUCUCUUCCAUCCCCCCUAAUGGACCAGUGCUAAUCUACCCAGUUUUGAGACACAAAUGGGAGAAGAAGAUGUCUGUGGUGUUGCCAAGAGAGGAAGAAGGGGAAGAUGUCUUUUACAUAGUAUCAUUGCUUCGAUCAGCGAUACCAUCUUCAAGUCUGCAAACCCUUCUUAGCCAAAAUCAGGAGAUUAUAGAUGCCGUGACUUCAAAAGCUCCAAUACAUCUUCAAGAAACCAUUAAUGUCGAGGGGGAGGGUGGUCAAAGGUUUGAUCAUGACAUGGGUGGAAAACAAUACAUGCCAUACUUGAGAGAUGAGAGUGAAUGGAGAAUACAUUUUGGUGAAGAGUGGAAGAGAUUUGAGGCACUCAAGUUCAAAUUUGAUCCUUUCAAUAUUUUGGCUCCUGGUCAGAUGAUCUUUAGGAGGAAGAAUAUUGAAAUAUAAUGAAGACAUUUAAAAAAAUGCAUCUCUGACUCAGGAGUACCAAAUUGUGGUUAGUGUCAUACACUGGAAGCCUAGCUUAGAUUACUACACAGAAGAUGAAGCCUUCCAUCAUUGUCUCUUGAACAUAUUUUUAUCUUGAAUUCAUUAAAUUCCUAGA